AUUUGAAAUAAAUCAGAGCGCGCGCGAGUGCGCGAGAGAGCGCGAGCGCGCGCAGGAUGAGAUGGCGAUGUGGUGAGGCGGGCAGAGAGGAGCUGAUUGGACAUCUAAUCCUGUUCCCCCCGGGGCCGUUUGCAGAGCCCCGAGCCAGAAUUCCUGUUCAGCUCUCCUCCGCUGUUAUUCGGGAAGGAUCUCUGGCUUCAGUGCAUGCACUCUGCUCUCUCUCUCACACACACACACUCCAACCAAAUCCGUAAAGAAGAAGAAAAAGCAAGAAACAAACCAAGACCGAUCUGAUGUUUUAAAGCGAGCGACUCCGACUGAGCCAUGACUUCCAAGGAGGGAAGAAGCAUGUCUCGCCUGUCUUUGACCCGCUCUCCGGUAUCUCCUCUGGCUGCUCAGGGCAUCCCUCUUCCUGCUCAGCUGACUAAAGCCAACGCCCCCGUCCAUAUCGAUGUAGGAGGACACAUGUACACCAGCAGCUUGGCUACACUCACAAAGUACCCGGACUCAAGAAUCAGUCGGCUGUUUAAUGGCACAGAGCCCAUCGUCCUGGACAGUCUGAAACAGCACUACUUUAUCGACCGGGACGGGGAGAUUUUCCGUUACAUUCUCAGCUACCUCCGCACCAGCAAACUGCUUCUUCCUGAAGACUUCAAGGAGUUCCAGCUGUUGUACGAGGAGGCACGUUAUUACCAACUGAGCCCCAUGGUAAAGGAGCUGGAGCGCUGGAAGCAGGAGCGAGAGCAGAGGCGGGGAGCUCAGCCCUGUGAAUGUCUGGUGGUGCGUGUGACCCCUGACCUCGGCGAGAGGAUCGCCCUGAGUGGAGACAAAGCACUCAUCGAAGAGAUCUUCCCCGAGACGGGCGAUGUCAUGUGCAACUCUGUCAAUGCCGGUUGGAAUCAGGACCCCACGCACGUUAUACGCUUUCCACUGAACGGAUACUGCAGACUCAAUUCUGUCCAGGUACUGGAGAGAUUAUUCCAGAAAGGCUUCACCAUGGUGGCGUCGUGCGGCGGAGGAGUGGACUCGUCCCAGUUCAGCGAGUACAUCCUGAGUCGGGAAGACAGACGUUGUCAGACCAUCCACACACCAAUCCGGAUAAAACAGGAGCCGCUGGACUAGUCCAAAGUCUCCACGAGCCCUGCGAAAGAUCAGCUGUGGACUAUGAGGAGGAGCUGAAUGAGGCUCACUAGACUGUCGAGGAGCCCAUCAUGCUGGGCUGGAACUCUAUACACACACACACAUCCAAAAACACGAAAGACAUCUGACUGAACACCAGAGGCACAUAUUUAAAAAGUCAAGAUUGCAUUCUGUAUAAUUUGGUCUUCCACUCGCGUUAACACUGUUGGUAUGGUGUUCGGUCAUCACCUUGUUUGUGUUUUUUUGCACUCUAACCCGCAUUGCAGUUUUUUCAGCGUGGAACCUGAACAUCUCAUGCUCCAGUCUUCUGUAAAGCUGAUCCUUGCAUGUUCUUGUUAUCGUUUUCUGAGAGCAGAUGUUUUUUUUCAGAUGGUUGUGGGUCUGGUUGGGCUGGCUGGUUGAGAUCAUGAGCCCAACUUCAAUUCAAUAUCCAUCCAAGGCAUACGUGUACUGAGGCAUCCAAUCCAAGUUCAUGUCUUCGAGUUGGG